UUAUAUGCCAGUACAAUUUCAAUAUCCUCGCAUUUCCGAAUCCCAUUGUGUCUGGAAUAUAUCGGGGAAAAUAUACCCAAAAUGUCAGCGGAAGAACUAAGCAAAGAUCAGAUCGCAUUACUGAAGAAUGCUUUCGACACCUUCGACGUCGAGAAAAAAGGUAGUAUUGGUACUGUCAUGAUCGGUACCAUAUUGAGCAUGCUGGGAAUCCAAACCACAGAUUCGAUGUUGAAAGAGAUCAUUGACGAAGUUGAUGCAGAUGGGUCUGGAGAACUAGAAUUCGAAGAAUUCAUAACGUUGGCCUCGAGAUUCAUGGUAGAAGAAGAUGCUGAAGCUAUGCAACAAGAAUUGAAGGAAGCUUUCCGUCUAUAUGAUAAAGAAGGCAAUGGGUAUAUUACAACUGGAACUUUGAAGGAAAUUCUGAAAGAGUUGGAUGACAACAUAACUGGAGAUGAACUAGACGCCAUGAUAAAUGAAAUUGACGCUGAUGGAUCGGGAACAGUUGAUUUCGAUGAAUUCAUGGAAGUUAUGACAGGUGGAGAUGACUAGGAAAUGUCUAGAAAUAAUUUAUGAUCCUAAUGCCUAUGAAGCAGUCAGCAUCAUUUGACUGGGAAAUAGAGGAAAAUAAUCCAACACAACAACACCCUAAGAAUCUAUUUUUAAAUACUUUGAUUGAAGCUGUACCGAAAGAAUUCGAACAAUGGCAUGUUAGUGACUGUACGUGAAUUGAAGUCAAU